GGUGAGGAUGAACAAUCCACCGAGAUGGCUGCAAGGUGGGAAGAUGAGAAGGUGACAGAAGCUGCUUCGGAGGGUUUUGUUGCUAUUAAAAUUGACACCAAAAGUGAAGCAUGCCUGCAGUUUUCUCAAAUUUAUCCAGUAGUGUGCAUUCCCUCUAGUUUCUUUAUUGGAGACAAUGGGAUCCCUUUGGAAGUAAUUGCUGGCAGUGUUUCUGUUGAAGAACUUGUUACCAGAAUCCAAAAAGUAAAACAGAUGCACACAGUAAAAAGGCAACCUCUGGAAAAUGGAGGUCAGUCAACUGCUCCGUGUCCCUCUCUUCAGCCCGACAGUGCUCCAGAAAAUACUCAGUCCAGGGCAGGAGAGUUGUGUGAUUCUCACGAGCCUGCUGUGUCUGAGACAAUAAGACCUUCUGCUGCUAACGAUGAAGUAAAUUCAGGUCAAGCAAGCCAGUCUCAGGAAGCAAGUAAUUCUUCGGAUGGGCAAGUGAGUGCUGCUCAGCCUGUGAAUGAUCUUACAGUCAAAGUAGAAAGAAUAACCAAAAAACUUGAAGAAAGACGAGAAGAGAAAAGAAAAGAAGAAGAACAGAAAGAAAUCAAGAAAGAAAUAGAACGGAGAAAAACUGGUAAAGAAAUGUUGGAGUACAAACGACGCCAGGAAGAAGAAUUGACCAAACGAAUGUUAGAGGAAAGGAACAGAGAAAAGGCAGAAGAGAAGGCAGCCAGAGAGCGUAUCAGGCAGCAGAUUGCAUUGGACCGUGCUGAGAGAGCAGCUCGCUUUGCAAAAUCAAAGGAAGAAGCAGAAGCUGCGAAAGCUGCAGCUCUUCAGGCAAAACAGGCUGAAAUAGAGGCCAGAAAAGAAGCGUGUCAGAAGGAGCGGAGUGCCGUGGCCAGGAUUCAGUUCCGCCUCCCCGACGGCUCCUCCUUCACUAACCAGUUYCCGUCGGAUGCGCGGCUGGAGGAAGCCAGGCAGUUUGCUGCACAGACGGUUGGCAAUGCCUAUGGCAAUUUCUCACUGGCAACAAUGUUUCCCAGAAGGGAGUUCACCAAAGAAGAUUAUGGAAAGAAACUAUUGGAGCUAGAGCUGGCACCCAGUGCUUCAGUGGUGUUGCUGCCGGCRGGACGACCUGCAUCGUCUGUGGUCCAGGCCUCGGGUGGGGACCUGUGGAAGUUCCUGGGCACGAUCCUCUAUCCUCUCCUGGCCGUGUGGAGAUUUAUUAGCAACUUCCUAUUUACGGGCCCACCGCCCGCGCAGGCCGCAGCGAGAGCCGCCCAUCAGCAGGAACACGCAGGUCCUCCAGGCUCCAGCAGCUCGGAGCAGAGCAGGCAAGCAGUCAGGAAAAGAGUAAUGGAAAAGCGGGGGGAAGACUUCAAAAAAGAAGGCAAAAUCUAUAGACUGAGGACUCAAGAUGAUGGAGAAGAUGAAAAUAAUACAUGGAAUGGAAACUCUACACAACAAAUGUAGUUUUAAGUAACUGCAAUAACGGCUGUCUGGUGUUCUCUCUCUCUCUUUUUUCUUUUUUUUUUUUCCCCUUCUUACUUUAUUUGAUUUAAGUCAGCUGAAGUUUCUGGACAUGCAAGGCUUAUCUUACACUGACUGAACUACAAAACUCUUAUUCCUGCAGGAGAGCAUGGAAUAAAGUUGCCUAAGUCAGAAGAAUUGAGUGGGAGGGUAGCCAAGGCCGGUAGAAGCUCUAAGGAAUUAAAGAUUGAAAAGUCUCCCUUGGCUUUCAUAAUCAUUAUCCCUGUUACCAUAGGAAGGCACUUUCUAAUCUAUAAAUAUUCUGCURUGUAAACUAAAGGGCCAUAUAUUAAUAUAAAGGUUGGGGUAGGCAAUGACUUGUUAAGAUGAGGGUUUCAGAAACACUAUAAGUAGCAAAUCCGAUAACCUAAUUUAUGUUAAAYUUUUUUCUCGCUUCUGCAGCUGCAAGCAAAACCUUGUAGUUUUUAACUCCCCAAGCAGCACUCAAUAAAAGGUUUUUCAGAAAACGGAACUGGCUUCUCUUGUAACUCCUGCAGAAGAGGCUCUGCGCCCCGAGGAAGGCUGCAGACUGAGGCCCAGCCACUGCAGCUAAGAAUGGAGCCGAAAAGCCCUCUUGUUCCACUUUGCUGACUUCACUCAGGCCUAGCUUGAAAUCUGGUAAAACGCCCGUCACGGUCUGGGUCUGCACUGUGCUGUAGGGAGAGCGACACUUGCCUGUCUCUCAGGAAAUGGAAAUGCUGGUAGGAAGGGGGAUAAUGACAAUUUUCCCUCCUGGAAAGAGCUCGAACUCUCUU